CAAUUUUCAUUUCGUGCGCAAUUGAAUUUCAAUUUGCCCCUAACUUAAUAUCUCCGCCUUUCGGCCUUUCAACUCACCCCUCAAUCCCCAAUCUCAUAUCUCUCCUUUGUUUCCCCUUUUCUCUCUCUCUUUUUUCAACCCUAACCCUACCUCACCAACCAGGAUUCAACAUGAAGGGAGGAAAAUCCAAGUCAGAUACUAAGAGUGCCAAGCUAUCCGUGAAAACCAAAGCUGGAAAAAAAUCGGGGAAGGCUGCCAAGGAUCCAAACAAGCCAAAGAGGCCUGCUAGUGCCUUCUUCGUUUUCAUGGAGGAGUUCCGUGAGCAAUACAAGAAGGAUCACCCUAAAAACAAAUCCGUUGCCGCUGUCGGCAAAGCUGGUGGAGAUAAAUGGAAGAGCUUGUCUGAAGCUGAAAAGGCACCUUAUGUAGCCAAGGCAGAAAAGCGAAAGGUCGAGUAUGAAAAGAACAUGAAGGCCUACAAUAAGAGACAGGCUGAGGGUCCCAAAGACGAAGAUGUUGAGUCUGACAAAUCAGUGUCUGAGGUGAAUGAUGAGGAUGAUGAUGAAGAAGGCAGCGGAGACGAAGAAGAUGAUGAGUAGGAAGGUCCGCGGUGGAUAGCAUAAUCAAUGUAGGCUGUGAUAGUGUUUGAUCAAAACCUUAUGUUAAUGCUUUCGAUGUUUCCAUGUUAUUCUUUUAGAUGCGCAUGCCAUCUAAGGGAGAAAUGUACCUCUGAAUCCUGUUGGUUCCUUUUGACCUUCAGAAAUUAAUAGUUGUAGAUGGGAUAAUCUGCUUCUAUAUGUACUUUUUGAUUUAAAGUUGAAUGGCUUAGAUAAAUCCUUUUGUAGAGAA